AUGAAAACACUAGUAGAAUAGAGAAGAACAAAGGAAACAGAAAAAUUGGUGAUCGAAUUCGAAUUGAAGUGAAAGAAGAGAAGAUGAAGGUUCGUUCCGAAAGGGGAAAAACCAAAGUAGUGAUUCGCCAUUUACCUCCUUCCCUAACUGAAUCCGAUCUCAUUCAACACAUCCAUAACCGCUUCGAUUCUCGCUAUCGCUGGUUCGUUUUCCGUCCCGGUAACACCAGUCACAGGAAUCAGAGGUAUUCUAGAGCGUAUAUAGACUUCAAUUCUCCCGAUGAUGUUUUCGAGUUUGCUGAGUUUUUCAAUGGACAUGUUUUUGUUAACGAGAAAGGUGUCCAGCAUAAAGCCAUAGUUGAGUAUGCACCAUCUCUGCGUGUUCCAAAGCUGAGUACCAAAAAGGAUGGCCGUGAAGGGACUAUAUAUAAAGAUCCAGACUAUCUUGAGUUCCUCAAACUCAUUGCAAAGCCUCAGGAACAUCUUCCUAGUGCAGAAAUACAACUGGAAAGAAAGGAAGCUGAGCAAGCUGGGGCUAGCAAGGAAGCACCUAUUGUAACACCCCUGAUGGAAUUUAUCCGUCAGAAACGUGCUGUCGACAGUGGUCCGCUGGUCUCAUCAGCAGCAACAAAAGUUGGCAGAAGAGCCAGAGCUGCUUUGCAAGGCAAGCCUGGCCCAGUUAAUACCAGACGAAUAUCCGAAAAGAAAAGGUAUGUUCAGAAGGACAAUGUCAAGAAUGUUAAUCGGAAAGACUCGAAAGACAAAUCAGCCUUUACUGUGGUCCCCAGGCAUGAGGAUCAGUCUGCUGAAUCAAGUAUAAAAGGAAUUUAUGAAAUUGAAUCUUUGCAUGGCAUUGAAGGUUCUGUCUCUGGAAUACCACUGACUUCUGACUCGGGAAAGAAAAAAAUCCUCCUUCUGAAAGGGAAACAACGGGAAAUUCCCAAAGCCGUUGAAGGUGUGGUAAAACAGCAAAGUCCACAAUCUGCAAAUCCGGCCAUUUCAACUACUUCAAAACAUAACCAAAGGCGUGAAGCUGGUGGAAGAUUGAUUAGGAACAUACUUCUAAAUAAUGAUUCUCGUCAAAGUCAAUCCACAUCUGCUGGACAACAUAAGAUUCAAAUCUUAACUUCUGAGAAUGGGAAGCGACUGCCUCGUCCUUUUGGUUCAAGGUCUGGAUUAAGUGAUCAAGUCUCUAGUCAUGAUGCUGGGCAAGUUAAUUCUGAAGGGGAUUCUAAAAGGGAUUUGAGUGAAAAGUUCGUUAGAAAAGAUUUGCAUGGCUUGAGUAUUUCUGGUGAUAAAACAGAAAAACGUACUAGAAGGCCUGAUCGUGGUGUUUGGGCACCCCUUCGCCGUUCCGAUUCUUCACAUUCUGGUAACGAGCUCCCAUCAUCGUCAUUGGCACAGCCUACACUGUCGAAUCCUGAAUCAGUUGAAGCAGGAGAAAUAAAAGAAAAUGUUUAUUCGCGAAACAAGAGUGGGGAAUUCUCAGCUUCUGCAGUUGGACGCAGCAGUCCCUCUGUUGAGAAUGGUUCACAAAGAAUUUUUACUCGCCGUGGGGCUCCCUAUGUAGUGAAGGAUGAUGGUGCAGUCAUUUUGAAUGAAGCGAAACUUUCAAAGAAAGGUGUUGUUGGACCUAGUACUCAUGAGAAACAAGUUUGGGUUCAGAAAUCAUCUUCAGGGUCUUAAAAUAGUUGUGACGUUGCUUGCUUUAGCCAGUGGUUUAAAGGUAUUACCUAUUUCAAAUUUUGCAAACAGAUAAUGGAUACUCGGUCAGGGCAACAAUUCCUUGAAAAAUUGAGGGGGGAUCAUUCCUGCUACAUUGAGCUAGGGAUCCGUUUAGGACAUCAUCCACAACCAAUUCAGGUCAACAUGAGCCUAAGCGCCAUGUAAGAAAGAUGAUCCAGUUGUUGCCUGACGGAGCCCGCAGAAUUGAAGGAAUGCUAAAUCCCAGACCUCCUUGACAUGAUUAUUACCGAAAACAGAAAACAGAAAACAGACCGACAUUGUUAACCAUGUUGAUGGGUUAGACCCUUGAAUGGUUUGUGUCUUUCUCAAUUGUUGAAUAUUUCGGUUCUGAGAAAUGUUUGUGUUUGGUGUUUAACUGUAUGUAUAGUCUUGGUAUUUGCCAUGAGAUAGUAUGCUGGGAAGAGUGAAUGAUUUAGUCCAGUUCAUUGGACAUAUAUAUAGUUGAAUAGUGUAUGAACGAACGGCUUAUUACUUGAUUUUAGCAUGCACAUGAUGUACAUGUUUUACAAGUUAAGGAUUUUAACCUAUGACUUAGGUACCUGUCAUUUUUUCACAAAAUUAGUGACCCCUAUAAUUUAGUCUCAAUUUUACAUA